GGUUGUUUCAGUAUGGCGGCGGUUGCUGAGGGCGCAGCUGGGAAUGGAUUUUACUGGAUUCGUGACAAAUCAGAUGAAGAGCAGUCCACAGUUUUUGUUACAGGAAUGAGCAGGAACAAGAAGUCUGGCUCUUCAAAUAAGACAGAGGGAAAGAUUAAAAGAAAAUCUGGCAACAUGGAUAAAAGUGGAAAGAAACUAGGUUUACCUUUGGCAAUGGAAUGUACUGAGACGGUCGUUGGAAAAAGUUCAGCUCAGAAACAUUUGCCUACCGUAGCCAAAUCAAAAACUGUUACACCUGCACCAGAACCAGCCCUGUCUCCUCUUACUUCAGCCCAGGCACUUGCCAUCACUGCCCAAGCCAAAAGUAAGCCAUCACUGAAGGAUCUCUGCCCAGAGGACAAGCGUCGCAUUGCCAGUCUCAUUCAGGAGCUGGCCAGAGUGAGUGAAGAAAAGGAAGAAUCUGUACAGAAGCUCAGGGAUGAACAGGAGACCUUUGAGAAGAAAAUCCAACAGCUAGAGCAACAAAACCAACUUAUUGUUCAAGAGAGAGAAAGCCUGCAGCAGCAGUACAGAGAGUGUCAGGAGCUGCUGGGACUCUAUCAGCAGUACCUCUCCCAACAGCAAGAGAAACUCAAAAAGUCUAUCACCCUGCUCAAUCAGUCUGGCUCCCACAGCAAGAUUGUCAGCAAUGAGGGGGCACUCAGGAGGUCCUGGUGUGGGGGAGGGAGAGGAUCGGCUUUAGAUGGAUCUUACUUGGAUCUUCCUUCAUCAGGAAGCAGAGUCAGAUCAGUGGAAUGUAGUCAUUCUUUCUCGACAGGACCUUGUAAUGCACCCUCCAGCAGCACCGAGCAGAACUGCGAAUUUCACAACAGACAGAAUCAUGAGUAUUAUGAAGGAGGACGUACUGAUCUCAUAUCUAGCUGUUUCUCCGGGGACCCCUCCACGUUUGAUUCCCUGAGGGUACAUGGCACUUCCGAACCCAGGUGCUCUCAUCAGUGCCACGGAAAGGAGCUUGGUGCUAGUCGUACUGAACUAGUGCUCCCUCCUGGCCAGGAGAACUGGGAGGAGAAACGCCAGCGUCUACUUCUGCAGAAGAAACAGCUGGAGGUGGAAAGAGAGAGAAUUCAAGCUCGGCUGGCUCAACAGGAAGAGAAACUUUUACUCCAGAACCAACAGCUCCAACAAUCUUACCUUCACUACAGCAAGCUUCAGAAAGCAACCACAACAGAUUUUGAGAGACAUCCAAAUGGAACCAGCUGUUUUAGUGAGGGUCCACAGUCCAGUUGUGUAGUGGACCAGGUUACACACAGCAGUGAAAUAAGAGAGGGAGAAUCACAAACUCUGCUGGGAAGUGUUCAACAGCCAUUAAGUAACGUACAAGCACAGAAACACACAACAAAUAUUGAGCAGCCUGCAGACAAGCUUUCACAUGAGAUUUCCAUUACCAGAAAGGAUAUGGCCACCUCUCCUGUGGUUCCUCAAAGCUUCCGGAAAUCUGCUCUUCCCAUUGGCCUUCCCAGCACUCCACAGGCCUCCAGGUUGGAUGACUCUUUAAUAGAGCUGUUGGACAUUUUCAGCCCAGCAUCCCCAGAGAGGUACCGUACCAACCCCUCGUCCCGGAAGAAUGUUGUUGCCCCUCCGCCCACUCAGAGGAUCUUUCUGUCUCCUUUGGGCCCCAGCCGGCCCUCAAUACACGACUUAGAGGAGAGUCAGAUUCUAGAAGACAUUUUUUUUAUAUGCUGAAGGGUUAUUGCAGUGACUUUCAAUAGAAUGUUCAUUUAGGAGAAUUGAUUGAAUGUUUAUUAAUUAUUCAUGUGCUCUUAAAGCCUCUAUCACUUAUUGGUCUUAAACGUACACAUCCUUUUGUAAUAGUUUGAUUCAAACUUAUGCUGUAGUAAUUAUGGUCUUAAUGUUUUUAUGC